UCAAACCUGACACAGGCUGAUGUUCCAACCCCAUUAUGAAUGUAAAUCUGACGGGGUUUCCUCUGUUUAUUUUGCUGGUGCUGCAUGCACAACUGUCUAAGAGCUACCCAAAAGUAGUUAUUGCAUCUCAAGAUGGUGAGCCUUGCCUUCUCUGCCAUCAUGUCCCUUCAACGGAUUCCAAGUUUAAUCUAACCUUGAUGAGAGGCAAUAAGAAACAGGAAGUUUGCAUGGUGUACACUGAUGGAAAAAAUACCUCCUUUUAUAGCUGGAAUGACAAUCCUAAAUGUAACUGGACAAAAUCCAAUGAUAGCAGCAUUUCCUUCACUCUAUCCAAUUUCGACAUCAAGCACACAGAUAAUUACACUUGUGAAAUUAGGAUUUUUUACCCCCCUCCAUUUCGAAGCAUUAUUAUCAAUGAGACAUAUGUUUACAUUCAUGAUUUACAACAGUGUGGAAGUGGAAUGCAGGAAUUUAUUAUAUGGAUUUUAACUGGUCUUGCUGUAUUUCUAUUCCUUUGCUGCAUUUUUACAUUCUGUCUUUGGAUCCAAAAUAGGUUUCGGAGGAAAUGUUUAUCCCAAGGAAACACCCAGAAUAAUGAAUGCAACAGUGAAUACAUGCCAAUGGCAUCUGUCAACCCAGCUAAACGCCCAGUUAUUCCAAGGCUAUGAGCUGCACACAGUGAUGAGGAAAACAAAGAUUCCUGAACACCAAGCACAGAUAGUAUUGGGAAUGCUAAUAAUUUAAAUGUAGCGAUGCAUCUGGAACUAGGGAUGAAAGUUUUCACAAACAGAAACCAUUAGUUGGCUCAAAGGGCAGCAAACUCCCCCCCCAAAAAAGCUGUCACUGUUAACAUGGACAACUAUCAGAAGAUAAAAGGGCAGCUGUUUUGCAAAGUAAUAUUUGCAGCUCCUGAUCUACAAGAUGUUGUUCCACUCCUAUAGGCAAAUGGGGAUUUGUUUCUGAUCAGUUCAUACUUUAUUCCAUCGGUGGUGGAACUUCUGAGAAAGAAGACCCUGUGCUUCCUCAGUGAUCCCCUGUGAUUUUUUUUGAUUGGCGGGAGGGGUCACGGGUUAUCUCGCAGGGAAGUUAUGUCUCUGAUGUCCAUCCUACUGGGCAGUUUAGCACAAGAAAUGUUUUUGUGAGAUAUAACUGUAUAAUAAAGAUAUUAUAAAGAUGCUUGUAACCACUGGACUGGGAGUCAAUAGGCCCAGGCCCACCCUCACCUGCCCAAUAAAUAGUACUGUCUAUGGCAUCUUACAGCAGCCCCUUUGAAUUUUGACAAAAGCCACAAAUUGCCAGUCUGGGCCUUCUUGUAACUAUAGUACUUGCUAGGUGCAAGCCAUUAGUACUGACUGUGACAUCUGCAAGAGCGCACCCUUUAACAGUCAUUUUUAGAGCACUUCUGUCUGGGGGCUGACUGCGCUUACAUGUGUAAUUUUGCUGUAUAUGUGUUAUUACAAUAAAUGUAACUGCACUGCUUUGAACUGUUUUGCUCUGGGUUUGUAAACCAUUGUUUGGUUUCUCUAAUAAGUAUAUGAUCCCAUAGGGAA